CUGGCAAAUACGUAUUGAUAUCCAUGUGCUGGAUGAAGAUGGUUCAUUAGUGGACUGCGCAUGUAUUGCUUCCUUAACAGCUCUUGCACAUUUUCGUAGGCCGGACGUCUCCGUUUUUUCUGAUUCAAUUGUUAUUCACAGUGGCAGUGAUAAAAUACCGAUACCUCUCAACAUAUACCAUAUGCCAGUUUGCGUAUCGUUCGGAAUGUUUGCUGACGGGUGA